ACUUGUGGCUGGCAAUCGGUGGUGCAAAGAUGUACGGUAAACAGACACAGCCGGUGGUGGAAAUUAUCCAGGUGCGCGAUAUAACAACAGUGGAUCAGCAUGCGUUGCUUGUUGCCAAAAUUGUGGCCAUGGUGGUGCUGAUUGUGGUGACAGUGAUUUGCGGCAGUUUGCCAUACAUGCUGGAUCGCUGCCUCAAGUGGACCAAAAAGGAUCCGGAGGAGACGCGCGCCUCGACAGUCGUGCGCUGUCUCCUCUACUUUGGCGGUGGUGUACUCGUCUGCACCACGUUUGUCCACAUGCUGCCGGAGGUGAUUGAAGUGGUUGAGCACCUGCAGCAGUGUGGCAUUUUAGCUGCCACACCCUUUGCCCUGCCGGAAAUGCUGCUCUGCACCGGUUUCUUUCUGAUGUAUGCCCUGGAUGAGCUGAUGCAUUCGAUUAUGCAACACCAGCAGCAGAAGUUGAGCCGAAAGGAGUCGCUGGCCAGUGAAGCCUUUGUGCGGGGCCACAGCUUGAGGCACAGUGUUCUCAUAAGCAACACCCCCACACACACAGAGGAAGUAGCAAAAUCUACGCUAGAGGAUCAGGUGCCAAAACAUUGUGAGUCUGGGCACAGCCACCUGCCGGUGGAUGCCAACGGUGGUGACUCCUCGAUGCGGGGCUUAGGCAUUAUAUUGGCACUGUCGCUGCACGAACUGUUUGAGGGCAUGGCCAUUGGACUGGAGGGCAGCGUUGGCACUGUUUGGUUUAUGUUCGCAGCCGUCGCCGCUCAUAAAUUGGUGCUGGCCUUUUGCGUGGGCAUGGAGCUGUUGGUGGCUCGCACACGAACCACUCUGGCCAUUAUCUAUCUAAUAACGUUCUCGAUUGUCACGCCCAUUGGCAUCGGUGUGGGCAUUGGAAUUAGCCAGCAGGCGAAUGCGAAUCAGCCGAGUGUUCCCUCGGGAAUACUGCAGGGCAUUGCCUCGGGCACGUUGCUCUAUGUGGUUUACUUUGAGAUCCUGACACAGAAUCAUGCUGGCUGGCGUGCCUAUCUUGCUGCACUGAUUGGCUUUGCCUUAAUGUUUGGACUGCAAAUACUAUCUGACGAAGCGGAAGGUGCUGAUAGCGAUUCCUGUUCCUAGCGUGUGCCUUACUAUGGAUAUAAAUAGUGUAAUAAAUUUUUAAAUAAUAAUAGUAAUAUUCACGUUAUCUAUUUAGACAAACGACCAUUGUCAAAUGUGAAUGAAGUGCCAUAAAAUAAAAAACCAUACAGUCUCAAAUUAA